CAACCAAAACAAACCCUUCCCACCUGAAGUCGAGGCUCUUCUCUGCUGCUCUCCUCGGCCUGCACUGAAAACACAGGGGGAGGAACUUUGACCGGCGCUCCAGUGCUAGUUAGCAGCCAGCUAGCUGAUUUCUGUAUUAUUUUCAUAUUUCUGUGUGGUUUCAUAUGCAGAGAGAUGUGGUUUAUUUAUUUACUCAGCUGGCUGUCGCUGGUCAUCCAGAUAUCCUUCGUCACUCUAGCAAUAGCCGCCGGCCUCUACUACUUGGCAGAACUAAUAGAAGAAUACACAGUAGCCACCAGCCGAAUAAUAAAAUACAUGAUAAUGUUCUCGACAGCUGUCCUGGCGGGUCUGUACAUCUUUGAAGGCUUCCCAGUGCUGAUGGUGGGAGUCGGCCUCUUCACCAACCUGGUGUACUUCGGCCUGCUGCAGACGUUCCCGUACAUACUGCUGAGUUCCCCGAACUUCAUCCUCUCUUGUGUGUUGGUGGUGGUGAACCAUUAUAUGGCCUUCCAGUACUUUGCACAAGAGUAUUAUCCAUUCUCAGAGGUGUUGGCAUACUUCACCAUCUGCCUGUGGGUGAUCCCCUUCGCCUUCUUCGUGUCACUGUCGGCGGGGGAAAAUGUGCUCCCGUCCACCAUGCAGCAAGGAGAUGAUGUUGUGUCUAAUUACUUCACCAAGGGCAAGAGGGGGAAGAGAUCCGGUAUCCUCCUCGUGUUCUCUUUCCUCAAGGAGGCAGUGCUGCCCAGCCGACAGAAAAUGUACUGAGGAGCUCAGACUCGGGGUGCAGCCUUGGGAGAGUGGAGAUGUGUGUGAGUGUGUGUGUGUGUGUAUAUGUCCAAGAGGAAAGGGGAAGCAGGAAGGACAGUGGAGAUGUGCUGUUUCUUUUCUGGAUGGGACUAAAAAAUGAAUCAGUGGCCAAAGUGGAAGUAGAGCACACGAAGAGGACGGACCAACGAACAGGACAGAGCUUCCUGCUGGACGAGCCCACGAGUUUACACAGGCCAUGUUUGUCUCUCUCUGUUUUUUCUGUCCAUCUGUACUGACUGCCAACAACAUCUACUAGAGACCUCACCGAGGGGGAUCUUGUCUGUAGCGCAUUGCUUUCUAAUUGUCACGUUGGACUCCUCCAUUUUUUUAAGCUUUUGGUAUGAAAAUGUGUAUAUGCGGGGUCUGAAAUCAACAACCAACAAAUACCUGUAAAUUCUGACUUUGGCAGAUAAACCCUGAUCACUUUUCUUCUUGAGAUGACAUCUCCUAUCAUUUGUGUGUUGUGUUGCUCACACUUCAUCAGAUUCAAUACACAGUGUAGCACUAGGAGACAAAAUACAAAAUCUUUUUCAGAUGAAGAAGGAGUGUUGAUAAUAAAUGAGUCAGCUUAAAGGUACUUUUUGGCUAAAUCCUGAUCUCCAAGCUUGGAUUUAGGUGCAAGUGGCAAAUCAGCUGGAGGAAAAAAAGUGACUGGGGCUGCCACAGAAACGCUUAUUAAGAUGACUUUAAAUAAGAAAGUGCACCUGAAGAUUAAUUAAAAGGAAUCAGACCAUUAAAAUGAUACAAUGGGGUUAAAGAAAGCACUUGGAAAGGAUUACUUUUCAAGUUAAACACACUUAAAGGACAAGUUAUCUGUUAUUAUCUACUCAACUCUAUGCCGAUAGGAAGUCAGGUAGAGUUUUGAGCGCCCAAAUAUUUGUUGUUUAACUUGAAAAGUAAUCCUUUCCAAGUGCUUUCUUUAACCCCAUUGUAUCAUUUUAAUGGUUAGGAAGUCAGGUAGAGUUUUGAGCGCCCACAAAUAUUUGGGCUUGACAUUUCAUCAGCUUGACGGUGAGUAGGUAACGGCGUUUUUGGGUGAAAUUACCCUUUAAAUCAAAGUGCGCUACAUGGGCGCUCUCUGACAUGUGGCCGCGAGAACAAUGCACUUUUUCGUGUUUUCUUUUUUUGUUUUUCUCGCAUCCACACGUUCAUUAAUCACCAGCGCUGUAGUCUGCAACAUGACUGUCUUUGUUGGACUGUUUUUUUUUUGUUUUUUAACUGACAGUAAUAACAAACAGAUUUUUGUACGUUGAUUGUUGGUUCAACCCGACAUCAAACACUAAUGAAAACACUUAUGAAGAUCAGACCCAUGUAAUGACUCUUGUGCGCUUACGUGUGUCGGGGACAAAGGCUGCUCAAAGUGGUUUGAUGAAAGAACUAUUAAAGAGGCCGACAUUCUUUUUACCAA